AAACUUUAGGAUUUUCAACACUCCAAGUUUCCGCAUUACAAUACCGAGUUCUCGAACGCAACCCUGGAACGUCAAAACCCAAUUCUGUCUGUCAAAUGGUUGUCAGCGUCAGCUAGUGUCAAAAAGGGAAAGAUAUGAAAACAUUCUAUCUGAAAGUGUAAUAUUUUAUUUCUAAGUUAUAAUUUUUUUGAAAAAAAACUUAAUUUUCUUCUAACAAACAUGUGCAAAUAUUGUCUUAUAUUAGUGUAACGUUCAAUCGUCAAUCAAGUGAUCGGUUUUUCAACGAUUUGGCCUCUUCCUUAUGCAACACUAGCUUAGGCAAGUAGAAGUUGCCAAUUAAACCUUCCUGUGCCGGGCAGCCCGCCCGGAUUACUAUCAUCCUGCACCCCACAAGUACUAUGGCGGUGAGUCGUGUUCCGAGCCCGCCGCCACAAGAAGUCAAUACCCCAGUAGCCGAAAAUUGGUGUUAUACGCAAGUAAAAGUUGUCAAAUUUAGCUACAUGUGGACCAUCAACAAUUUCAGCUUCUGUCGAGAAGAAAUGGGGGAAGUUCUAAAGUCCAGCACAUUCUCUGCGGGUGCCAAUGACAAACUAAAAUGGUGUCUGAGAGUCAAUCCUAAAGGCUUAGAUGAAGAAAGCAAAGACUAUUUAUCCUUGUAUUUACUGUUAGUUUCAUGCAAUAAAAGCGAAGUGAGAGCGAAAUUUAAAUUUAGUAUAUUGAACGCCAAACGAGAAGAGACAAAAGCAAUGGAAAGCCAACGAGCCUACAGGUUUGUCCAGGGCAAAGAUUGGGGUUUCAAAAAGUUUAUUAGGCGCGAUUUUUUAUUGGACGAAGCCAAUGGACUGUUGCCUGAUGAUAAACUUACUAUAUUUUGUGAGGUUAGCGUUGUAGCUGAUAGUGUAAACAUUUCUGGUCAAUCAAAUACGAUACAAUUUAAAGUGCCAGAAUGUCGACUAUCUGACGAUUUGGGACUGUUAUUUGAAAAUCAAAAGUUUAGCGACGUUACGUUAUCUGUAGCGGGCAGAGAGUUUCAAGCACACAAAGCCAUUUUGGCCGCACGUAGUCCAGUUUUUCAAGCCAUGUUCGAACAUGAAAUGGAAGAACGGAAACACAAUAGGGUAGAUAUAACGGAUGUAGAUCACGAAGUGUUACGUGAAAUGUUAAGGUUUAUUUAUACUGGUAAGGCCUCGAAUUUAGAAAAAAUGGCGGAUGAUCUCUUAGCGGCUGCUGACAAAUAUGCGCUGGAUAGGUUAAAAGUAAUGUGCGAAGAAGCGUUAUGUACAAAUUUAUCUAUAGAAAACGCUGCAGAAAUUUUAAUCUUAGCUGAUUUACAUAGUGCCGAUCAGCUUAAGGCUCAAGCAAUUGAUUUUAUCAAUACCCAUGCCACAGAUGUUAUGGAUACCCAGGGAUUUAAAUCCAUGAUCGUAACUCACCCUCAUCUCAUAGCGGAAGCAUUCCGUGCGUUAGCCACCCAACAAAUCCCACCUAUAGGACCACCCAGGAAACGUGUCAAACAAAGCUGAAAGCCGUAAGAUUUAAGGUACUAAUGACUGUUUUCAAAAAAAUGUGUUCAAUCAGAAAUAAUAGGCCGAUCAAUAUUUGUACUAAAAAAAAUUUAGUUAUUCGAAUAAGUACAUUUUAAGUUCAACUUUUAAUUUAAAGCAAGCAAAAACUAACUAUUGAUAUUGAUGGGCUUCGAUGAUCGUAUAACGUUUAAGUUAAAACUCGUUUGAUUUUUUGUACAAAGUUUCUAGAACAGUGCAGUGAUUUUGUAUUAUGUUUUAAAAAAAAACCUUCCUAUCCAUAAGAAUAAAAAUCGGAAAAAAUUAAUUAAUCGUCGCAAUGAUCAACCAAACUACCUCAUUGUAGUUUUCGGAAUUAAAUUACUUGUGAUUACAUUUUUAUUUGUUAAUGUUAAAUUUAUGUUGCUUUUUCUUUUUGUCAGAAACCAAGCUUUCCAUUUUGUGAAUAUUUUUUGAUUUAAGUUAAUUUUGCUUUUUUGAUUCUCGCAAUGUAGCAGGAAUCUGUGAUUUGUCCUCGUGUUAUAUUAAAGGAAUGAUCCUCCUCUGUCCUAUAAUUGAUUCAUUUAUGAUUUUUUUGUUGUUGUGGCAUGACGAAUUAAAAGUAAAAAAAGCGAAAUUGACAAGUGAAUCAGUGCAAAACCAUCUCUGUGUAUAUAGGGGAAUAUAUUUAUGGAAUUAAGUUUAGGAUUCAACCCGUAAUAAAUUGGUUUUUAAAAAGUAUAA